CUCCAGUCCAGUGAUCAACACCUAGCUGCUUUCUGUGACCUUCUCGGGGUCAGUCCUGAUGGUGUUACCCGUUGGCUAUGCCAUCGCAGGAUAGCCAUGGUGGCAGAGACGGUGGUGAAGCCGGUGCCCGGUGAACGGGCUGUGAGCGCCAGAGAUGCCCUCGCCAAGCAGAUCUAUGCCCACUUGUUCGACUGCGUCAUCCAGAAGAUCAAUGCAGCCCUGCAGGUGCCAGGGAAACAGCACUCCUUCAUAGGAGUACUGGACAUCUAUGGAUUUGAAACAUUUAACAUCAACAGUUUUGAACAGUUUUGCAUCAACUACGCCAACGAGAAGCUUCAGCAACAAUUCAACUUGCAUGUGUUCAAGCUGGAGCAGGACGAGUACAUGAAAGAGGAUAUUCCCUGGACUCUGAUAGACUUCUAUGAUAACCAGCCGGUCAUUGACAUGAUUGAAGCUAAGAUGGGCAUCCUGGACCUGCUGGAUGAAGAAUGCCUGUUCCCCCAGGGUACAGAUCAGAACUGGCUUCAGAAGCUGUAUAACUACCUGGCUGACAACCCUCUGUUUGAGAAGCCCAGGAUGUCCAACAAGGCCUUCAUCAUUCAACACUUUGCUGACAAGGUAGAAUAUCAAUGCUGGGGUUUUCUAGAGAAGAACAGAGACACAUUGUAUGAAGAGCUGGUGGAUACCAUGAGAACCAGUACGUUUCCUCUCCUGGCCAACUUCUUCCUGGAGGUGGAGCCAGAUGGGUUGGGCAGUAAAGGCAUCAAAGUGAGGCCUGCCCGGCCUCGGGUGAAACCAGCCAAUAAGAACCACAGGACCACUGUGGGAGAGAAGUUCAGCAGUUCUCUGUACCUGCUGAUGGAGACUCUGAACGCCACCACCCCUCACUACAUACGCUGCAUCAAGCCCAACGAGGAAAAGAUGCCGUUUGAGUAUGACUCCAAGCGGGUGGUCCAGCAGCUGAGGGCGUGUGGAGUCCUGGAGACCAUUCACAUCAGCGCUCAGAGCUACCCUUCCAGGUGGACGUACAUAGAGUUCUACAGCCGGUACAGUAUACUGAUGAGUCAAGAGGAGCUGGGCCUCAACCACAAGAAACUGGCCUGUAAGACAGUGCUGCAGAGGCUAAUUCAGGAUUCAGACCAGAACAAGUUUGGCCGGACCAAGAUCUUCUUCCGAGCGGGUCAGGUGGCCUACCUGGAGAAGCUUCGAUUGGACCGUCUCCGAAAGGCAUGUCUGACCAUCCAAAAGCACGUGAGGGGGUGGAGCCACAGGAGGAAGUUCCUUCGCAUGAGGGAGGCGGCUAUCGUCCUCCAACAGUACGUCCGUGGACAGCGGCAGAUAUGUAAAACGGUGACGGCUGCAGCGUUGAAGCAGGGCUGGGCUGCUGUGGUCAUUCAGAGGUACUGGAGAAGUUAUCUGAUCAGACAGAUCUAUAGAAUGGUCCGUUUCUCCUCUAUCAUCAUCCAAGCCUUCACUAGAGGCUGGAUCGCCAGGAAACGCUACAAAAAGAUGGUGGAGGUGCAGAAAACAAUAAUCUUACAGAAGUAUGCCCGGGCGUGGCUCGCCAGGAGACGCUUCCAGAGCCUGCGCCGCCUGGUACACAAUGUACAGCUCUCCUACAGGUGCCAGCAGCUCAGGAAGAAACUGGAAGAUCAGGCCAAAGAGAACCGUGGGCUGUUGGAGAGGCUGACAGGUCUGGCCGGUGCUCACGCCCAAGGUCUAGACAAGCUGCGCUGUCUGGAGGCCCAGCUGGGGAAAUCAGCCACUGAGAAGGCUUCGCUAGAGGAGCGAGAGAAGAAGAGCAAGGAGGAUGCCACGAAGACGAUAGCUCAGCUUCAAGAGGAAAAAGACAAAUUAAUCGUUGAAAAGCAGAACUUGGAAAAGAAGCUUGCAGAUUCAGCAACAGAGAUGAAAGACGACUUCGAUCAAAUCAAGACAACUCUGAAAGAAGAUUUGGAACGAGAAGAAAGAUUGAGGAAGAUUGCAGAGAACAACCUUGACCUGCAGAAAGAGGACCAUGAGAAGGAGGUGGAAGUUCUGAGGGAGGACCAUGAGAAGGAGGUGGAGCUGCAGAAGGAGGACCAUGAGAAGGAGGUGGAGGUUCUGAGGGAGGAGAACAGGAGGCUGAAGGAGGAGAGAGUUGGCCUACAGAAACAGACAGAGGAGGAGGCGCAGGUCAACACUGAUCUACAGGACCAGGUCAUACAGCUUACCAAGCACGUCAAGGUGAUACCCGAGUUACGUAAAGAGCUUCACAACCUGCAGACCCAGAGAGAUGAUCUGGGCAGGAAGAUGAAGAAGCAGUCAGAACAGGCCAGAGCCAAGAUAAGUGUGAUCACAAGACAACUUCUUUGUGGCAUGGUUGAAGAGGAGGAGGUCAUUUCCAGGUUGACCUCUGACAGUCCAGACCAGAUCUAUGAAGUUGGGGAUUUGUUGACUGCAUUUGAUGGACUGCAGAAAGCUACCAGAGUGCUGGAGAGACACCAGCAGGAACAGAAGGAGGGUUAUGACAGCCAGAUGGAGGGGCUGAGGUUCAAGGUGGAACACCUGCAGAACGAAAACAAUCAGCUGCAGAAACUGUUCCAGGAGAAAACGUCUGUCAACGACAGCAUCAGCCAGGAGGUGGCCAGGCUCAACACGGAACACAUGGUCAUACCUGAGCUGAAGAAGCAGCUGUCAGAACUACGACAACAUAAACAGGAGCUGGAAGUUCAACUGGAGGAGCAGGCUAGAAAGAUGACCGAAGAAAUGGAGGAGAUUUCAAAAGAGCUUCAGAUGAAUGUUGAAGAGGAAGGCUCCCAAAGCAGGGUGAAGGAGGAGGUGAAGACAGAGAAAGAGGAGGUGGAGAGAGAGAAGGAGGAAAUGGAGAGAGAGAAGGAGGAGGUGGAGAGAGAGAAGGAGGAGAUGGAGGAGGUGCUCAGGAAACAGAAGAACAUAGAGAGCGAGGCCAAGGGCAGAUUCAGUCAGGAGGCAUCACGACUCACGGCAGAGAACAUGGACUUUGAAGAGCAGCUCGACAUGAAGGACAGGUUGAUGAGGAAGCUACAAAACCAAAUCAAGAGCCUUCAAACAUCCGAGGAAGCCAAUCAAACACCAGCGCCCACUAUUACCAACGAAUACCUUGGCAUGUUGGCGUACAAGAGGGAGGAUGAAGCCAAGCUCAUUCAAUACGUCAUUCUGGACCUGAAACCCAGAGGGGUACUGGUUAACAUGAUCCCCAACAUGGCUGCACAGCUUCUCUUCAUGUGUGUCCGUCACGCUGACUACCUUAACGACGGAGCCAAGCUCAAGUCUCUCAUGAACGCCAUCAUCAGUGGGGUUAAAAAGGUCAUCACGGAUCACCAAGAAGACUUUGAGUUGCUAUCGUUCUGGCUGUCCAACAUGUAUCACAUGCUCAGCUGCCUGAAGCAGUACAGUGGAGAAGAGGAGUUUAUGAAACAGAACACUCCGCGUCAGAACAAGAACUGCUUGCGGAACUUUGACUUGUCUGAACACAGACAGAUCUUCAGUGAUCUGGCCAUCCGUAUCUACCACCAGUUUAUAUCUGUCAUGGAGAACAAUCUUAUACCCAUGAUCGUUCCUUGUAUGCUGGAGCAUGACAGUCUCCAGGACAUGUCUAGUAUGACGCCUACAGGUUCCCGUAAGCGUUCCAGCAGCAUCUAUGAGGACCAGGAGGUCUGCACCAUCUACUCUCUCCUCCAGCAGCUCAGUCUGUACCACAGCACUAUGAGUCUGCACGGCAUGGAGGAGGGGCUGGUUAGACAGGCUGUGAAACAGACCUUCUUCCUGGUAGGUGCGGACACACUCAACAACAUCCUGCUACGCAAAGACAUGUGCUCCUGUAGGAAGGGCAUGCAGAUCAGGUCUAACAUCAGUUACCUUGAGGCGUGGCUAAAGGAGAAGGACCUAGUGCAGGGUACCAUGGCUACUCUGAAGCCUCUGUCUCAGGCUGCCUGGCUGCUGCAGGUCAACAAGACCACUGAUGACGACAUCAAAGACAUCACAGAGCAUUGCUCAGAACUCAGCCCUGUACAGAUUGUCAAGAUUUUGAACUUUUUUGAGAAAAGGGUGGCACCGUCAUUCGUCCGCAAAGUUCAGGGCUUGCUCCAAGACCGUGAGGGCGGAUCCUCCCAGCUGAUGCUGGAUACCCAGUAUCGUUUCCAGGUCACCUUCCCCUUCACCCCGUCCUCUCAGGCCCUGGAGCUACUGCAGAUACCAUCCAGCCUCAAACUGGGCUUCCUCACCAGGAUCUAACCUCUGACCUCUGACCCCUCACCCCGUCCUCUCAGGCCCUGGAGCUACUGCAGAUACCAUCCAGCCUCAAACUGGGCUUCCUCACCAGGAUCUAACCUCUGACCCCUUCACCCCGUCCUCUCAGGCCCUGGAGCUACUGCAGAUAUCAUCCAGCCUCAAACUGGGCUUCCUCACCAGGAUCUAACCCCUGACCCCUUCACCCCGUCCUCUCAGGCCCUGGAGCUACUGCAGAUACCAUCCAGCCUCAAACUGGGCUUCCUCACCAGGAUCUAACCUCUGACCUCUGACCCCUCACCCCGUCCUCUCAGGCCCUGGAGCUACUGCAGAUACCAUCCAGCCUCAAACUGGGCUUCCUCACCAGGAUCUAACCUCUGACCCCUUCACCCCGUCCUCUCAGGCCCUGGAGCUACUGCAGAUAUCAUCCAGCCUCAAACUGGGCUUCCUCACCAGGAUCUAACCCCUGACCCCUUCACUCCGUCCUCUCAGGCCCUGGAGCUACUGCAGAUACCAUCCAGCCUCAAACUGGGCUUCCUCACCAGGAUCUAACCUCUGACCCCUUCACCCCGUCCUCUCAGGCCCUGGAGCUACUGCAGAUACCAUCCAGCCUCAAACUGGGCUUCCUCACCAGGAUCUAACCCCUGACCUCUGACCCCUCACCCCGUCCUCUCAGGCCCUGGAGCUACUGCAGAUACCAUCCAGCCUCAAACUGGGCUUCCUCACCAGGAUCUAACCUCUGACCCCUUCACCCCGUCCUCUCGGGCCCUGGAACUACUGCAGAUACCAUCCAGCCUCAAACUGGGCUUCCUCACCAGGAUCUAACCUCUAAACCCUGACCUCUUCACCCCGUCCUCUCAGGCCCUGGAACUACUGCAGAUACCAUCCAGCCUCAAACUGGGCUUCCUCACCAGGAUCUAACCUCUGACCCCUGACCCCUUCACCCCGUCCUCUCAGGCCCUGGAGCUACUGCAGAUACCAUCCAGCCUCAAACUGGGCUUCCUCACCAGGAUCUAACCCCUGACCUCUGACCACUUCACCCCGUCCUCUCAGGCUCUGGAGCUACUGCAGAUACCAUCCAGCCUCAGACUGGGCUUCCUCACCAGGAUCUAACCUCUGACCCCUUCACCCCGUCCUCUCAGGCCCUGGAGCUACUGCAGAUACCAUCCAGCCUCAAACUGGGCUUCCUCACCAGGAUCUAACCCCUGACCUCUGACCCCUUCACCCCGUCCUCUCAGGCCCUGGAGCUACUACUGAUACCAUCCAGCCUCAGACUGGGCUUCCUCACCAGGAUCUAACCCCUGACCUCUGACCCCUUCACCCCGUCCUCUCAGGCCCUGGAGCUACUACAGAUACCAUCCAGCCUCAAACUGGGCUUCCUCACCAGGAUCUAACCUCUGACCCCUGACCCCUUCACCCCGUCCUCUCAGGCCAUGGAGCUACUGCAGAUAUCAUCCAGCCUCAAACUGGGCUUCCUCACCAGGAUCUAACCUCUAACCCCUGACCUCUGACCCCUCACCCCAUCCUCUCAGGCCCUGGAGCUACUGCAGAUACCAUCCAGCCUCAGACUGGGCUUCUUCACCAGGAUCUAGUGAUCUCUGUGGUGUUAGAGAAGCGGUCCAGUAACCUCAAGGUGGCUGGUUUUUAAUCCCAGUGAUGAUUGGAGAAAAGCUGGCAGGAGUGAAGUUGCCACUUUCUACUAGAGUCUCAGGUGGCUCCAACUGCCAUUGUGUCCUUGAGCAAGGCACUUCUAACCAAUCAAUCAAUCAAAUGUAUUUAUAAAGCCCUUUUUACAUCAGCCGAUGUCACAAAGUGCUAUACAGAAACCCAAACAGUAAGCAAUGCAGGUGUAGAAGCACGGUGGCUCUAGGGACGCUGCUCUAAAACCAUGUGUAGAAGCACGGUGGCUCUAGGGACGCUGCUCUAAAACCAGGUGUAGAAGCACGGUGGCUCUAGGGACGCUGCUCUAAAACCAUGUGUAGAAGCACGGUGGCUCUAGGGACGCUGCUCUAAAACCAUGUGUAGAAGCACGGUGGCUCUAGGGACGCUGCUCUAAAACCAUGUGUAGAAGCACGGUGGCUCUAGGGACACUGCUCUAAAACCAUGUGUAGAAGCACGGUGGCUCUAGGGACACUGCUGUAAAACCAUGUGUAGAAGCACGGUGGCUCUAGGGACGCUGCUGUAAAACCAUGUGUAGAAGCAUGGUGGCUCUAGGGACGCUGCUCUAAAACCAUCCUUUUACAAUCAUCACAGUAAUUAUGGAUCCAAAUAACCAAAGAUCCUUUUUAAAAGAAUGAGUGUUUUGAUUUACACUUGUUAUACAGUUUGAUAGAAAUAUGAAGACGACUCCUGACUGAUGUCCGGUGUACAGCACAAAUGCAGAUGCUGUUACAGAGUGAUUUUCUAAAGUUUGGUAGUAUAACGAGAAACCUUACUUCUCAGUUCCUGUGAGAUGACAAAUGUGAACUGUGUUGUUUUUUUAGAUUGUCUGUGUAAAUUGAGAAUGUGACCACUCAAUGUUAUUGAGUACCAUGCACAGUAAAUAAAAUAUGGCUUGUUUCUUGUUUUGAA